GGUUCCCCAGCUCCUCUCCUCUGUCCGCCUCUCCAUCCCUUCAUCUGUCUGUCCCUUCAAAGAGGGGGAGGGGGGUACCUGAGCCAGCAAGCAGCCCCUCCCUCCCCCUGUCCUGCGUCUCCUGCCCCUCUCCUGGGCCGGGAGGAGGCCAGGGUCGUGCGGGUCCCCAUGGCUGGGGGCUGAGGGCCCGCCCCCCCCUCCUCCCCAGCCGCCACCACCUCCACCUCCCCUCCAUCCUCGACAAGAUGCCUGCCCCCGGCGCCCUCAUCCUCCUCGCGGCCGUCUCCGCCUCCGGCUGCCUGGCGUCCCCGGCCCACCCCGAUGGAUUCGCCCUGGGCCGGGCCCCUCUGGCUCCUCCCUACGCCGUGGUCCUCAUUUCCUGCUCCGGCCUGCUGGCCUUCAUCUUCCUCCUCCUCACCUGUCUGUGCUGCAAACGUGGUGAUGUUGGCUUCAAGGAGUUUGAGAACCCUGAAGGGGAGGAUUGCUCCGGGGAGUACACUCCCCCGGCCGAGGAGACCUCCUCCUCACAGUCACUGCCUGAUGUCUACAUUCUCCCACUGGCCGAGGUCUCCCUGCCGAUGCCUGCCCCGCAGCCUUCACACUCAGACAUGACCACCCCCCUGGGCCUUAGCCGCCAGCACCUCAGCUACCUACAAGAGAUUGGGAGUGGCUGGUUUGGGAAGGUGAUCCUGGGAGAGAUUUUCUCCGACUACACACCAGCCCAGGUGGUGGUGAAGGAGCUCCGAGCCAGCGCGGGGCCCCUGGAGCAGCGCAAGUUCAUCUCAGAAGCACAGCCAUACAGGAGCCUGCAGCACCCCAACGUCCUCCAGUGUCUGGGCGUCUGUGUGGAGACACUGCCCUUUCUGCUCAUUAUGGAGUUCUGUCAACUGGGGGACCUGAAACGUUACCUCCGGGCCCAGCGGCCCCCCGAGGGCCUGUCCCCUGAGCUGCCCCCUCGAGACCUGCGGACACUGCAGAGGAUGGGCCUGGAGAUCGCCCGCGGUCUGGCGCACCUCCACUCCCACAACUACGUGCACAGCGACCUGGCCCUGCGCAACUGCCUGCUGACCUCCGACCUCACCGUGCGCAUCGGAGACUAUGGGCUCUCCCACAGCAACUACAAGGAGGACUACUACCUGACCCCUGAGCGCCUGUGGAUCCCGCUGCGCUGGGCGGCGCCCGAGCUCCUCGGGGAGGUGCACGGGAGCUUCCUGGUGGUGGACCAGAGCCGCGAGAGCAACAUCUGGUCCCUGGGGGUGACCCUGUGGGAGCUGUUUGAGUUUGGGGCACAGCCCUACCGCCACCUGUCAGACGAGGAGGUCCUCGCCUUCGUCGUCCGCCAGCAGCACGUCAAGCUGGCACGGCCUAGGCUCAAGCUGCCCUAUGCGGACUACUGGUACGAUAUCCUGCAGUCCUGCUGGCGGCCACCUGCCCAGCGCCCCUCAGCCUCUGACCUCCAGCUGCAGCUCACCUACCUGCUCUCUGAGCGGCCCCCACGGCCCCCGCCGCCGCCGCCCCCACCCCGGGACGGUCCCUUCCCCUGGCCCUGGCCCCCGCAGCACAGCGCGCCCCGCCCGGGGACCCUCUCCUCGCCAUUCCCCCUUCUGGAUGGCUUCCCUGGGGCUGACCCCGAUGAUGUGCUCACGGUCACCGAAAGCAGCCGUGGCCUCAACCUUGAGUGCCUGUGGGAGAAGGCGCGGCGCGGGGCCGGCAGGGGUGGGGGGGCGCCUCCCUGGCAGCCGGCAUCCGCGCCCCCGGCCCCCCAUGCCAACCCCUCGAACCCCUUCUAUGAGGCGCUGUCCACGCCGAGUGUGCUGCCGGUCAUCAGCGCUCGCAGCCCCUCGGUGAGCAGCGAGUACUACAUCCGCCUCGAGGAGCACGGCUCCCCACCUGAGCCCCUCUUCCCCAAUGACUGGGACCCCCUGGACCCAGGCGUGCCUGCCCCCCAGGCCCCCCAGGCCCCCUCCGAGGUCCCCCAGCUGGUGUCCGAGACCUGGGCCUCCCCCCUCUUCCCUGCGCCCCGGCCCUUCCCGGCCCAGUCUUCAGCAUCAGGCAGCUUCCUCCUGAGUGGCUGGGACCCCGAGGGCCGGGGCGCGGGGGAGACCCUGGCAGGAGACCCUGCCGAGGUGCUGGGGGAGCGGGGGGCCGGCCCCUGGGCGGAAGAGGAAGAGGAGGAGGAGGAGGGCAGCUCCCCCGGGGAGACCAGCAGCCUUGGGGGUGGCCCCAGCCGCCGGGGACCCCUACCCUGUCCCCUGUGCAGCCGCGAAGGGGCCUGCUCCUGCCUGCCCCUGGAGCGGGGGGACGCCGUCGCUGGCUGGGGGGGCCACCCUGCUCUUGGCUGCCCCCAUCCCCCCGAGGACGACUCCUCCCUGCGGGCAGAGCGGGGCUCCCUGGCCGAUCUGCCCCUGGCCCCCCCCACCUCGGCCCCCCCCGAGUUUCUGGACCCCCUCAUGGGGGCGGCGGCGCCCCAGUACCCCGGGCGGGGGCCACCUCCCGCUCCCCCCCCCCCGCCGCCACCUCCCCGGGCCCCCUUGGACCCGGCCGCGUCCCCCGACCCCCCCUCGGCCGUGGCCAGUCCCGGCUCAGGCCUGUCGUCGCCGGGCCCCAAGCCGGGAGACAGCGGCUACGAGACCGAGACCCCUUUUUCCCCCGAGGGAGCCUUCCCAGGCGGGGGGGCAGCCGAGGAGGAAGGGGUCCCUCGACCGCGGGCUCCCCCCGAGCCCCCCGACCCGGGAGCGCCCCGGCCACCGCCAGACCCGGGCCCCCCGGGGACCCGGGAGAAGCCAACCUUCGUAGUUCAAGUGAGCACCGAGCAGCUGCUGAUGUCCCUGCGGGAGGACGUGACAAGGAACCUCCUGGGCGAGAAGGGGGCACCCCACCGCGAGACGGGGCCCCGGAAGGCAGGGAGAGGACCCGGGAACAGAGAGAAAGCCCCGGGCCCGAGCAGGGACCCCACGGUCCCGGGCAGCGGGAAGAAAGCCUCCAGCCCGAACGAGGACCUGAACCUCCCUGUGAACGGGGUGACAGUGUUGGAGAACGGGGGACAGAGAGCCCCGGGCAUCGAGGAGAAGGUGGCGGAGAAUGGGGGCCCGGGGUCCCCAGAGAGAGAAGAGCAAGUGCCGGAGAAAGUGGUGGCGAAUGGGGAGUUGACACCCCCAAGGAGGGCGGAGAAAGUGCUGGUGAAUGGGGAGCUGACACCCCCAAAGAUCGAGGAGAAGGUGUCAGAGAAUGGGGGCCCGAGACUCCCCAGGAACACGGAGAGGCUGCCAGAGACUGGGCCUUGGAGAGCCCCAGGGCCCUGGGAGAAGACGCCCGAGAGUGGGGGUCCAGCCCCCACGAUCGGGGAGCCAGCCCCAGAGACCUCGCUGGAGAGAGCCCCCGCGCCCGGCGCAGUGGCCUUGUCCCGGAACGGCGGGGAGACAGCCCCUGGCCCCACUGGCCCAGCCCCCAGGAGCGGGGUGCUGGAAGCCGGGACGGAGAGGAGAGCCCCCGAGACUGGGGGGGCACCGAGAGCCCCCGGGGCUGGGAGGCUGGACCUCGGGAGUGGGGGCCGAGCCCCAGUGGGCAUGGGGAUGGCCCCCGCCGGCGGCCUCGGAAGCGGCGUGGACGCAAAGGCCGGAUGGGUAGACAGCACGAGGCCCCAGCCGCUGCCUCCACCGCCGGCGGAAGCACAGCAGAGGAGGCCGGAGCCAGCGCCCCAGAGAGCCAGGCCGGAGGCGGCCCCCGAGGGAGAGCCCGGGGCCCCAGACAGCAGGCCCGGCGGAGACACGGCACCCAGCGGAGACGCGGACCCCCCCAAGCCCGAGAGGAAGGGCCCCGAGAUGCCACGGCUCUUCUUGGACUUGGGACCCCCUCAGGGGAACAGCGAGCAGAUCAAAGCCAAGCUCUCGCGGCUCUCGCUGGCGCUGCCUCCGCUCACGCUCACGCCGUUCCCGGGGCCGGGCCCGCGGCGGCCCCCCCCCUCUCGCCUCCCUAAUCUGCCUUCGCAGGAGACGCCAACCAACGAGCUGAGCGUCCAGGGCCCCCCCGAGGGGGACACGGAGCCGUCAACGCCUCCAGCGCCCCCGACGCCUCCCCACCCCGCCACCCCCGGAGAUGGGUUUCCCAGCAACGACAGCGGCUUUGGAGGCAGUUUCGAGUGGGCGGAGGAUUUCCCCCUCCUCCCCCCGCCAGGCCCCCCGCUGUGCUUCUCCCGCUUCUCCGUCUCGCCUGCGCUGGAGACCCCGGGGCCCCCCGCCCGGGCCCCCGACGCGCGGCCCGCAGGCCCCGUGGAGAACUGACUCCCCGAAGACCUGAACCCCCUGCACCCCCAGAAGAGGAGAUGAGAGUAGAAUCCUCUGUGGACGAUGGAGCCACUGCCGCCACCACAGAUGCCGCCUCCGGGGAGGCCCCUGAGGCUGGGCCCUCCCCCUCCCCCACCAUGUGCCAAACGGGAGGCCCUGGCCCCCCGCCCCCCAGCCCCCCGGACGGCUCCCCCGACCCCCUCGAUCCCCUCGGUGCCAAAUGAGGCAGGAAGCCCCUCGCCCCUCCCUGGAGAGCCGCCUUUCUUGGAACUGAACUGAACUCUUUCGGGCCUGGAGCCCCUCGGCACAGCAGAGGCCCCUCCUCACCCACUCCCGGCCCCAGAAGGGCUGCAGGCUUCGGGGACCUGGACCCCCCAUCUCGCGUCUCCCCUUCCCCGCCCCAGCCUGGCCCCUGGAGGGGCCUCUGGUUCAAACCUUCGCGUGGCAUUUUCACAUUAUUUAAAAAAGACAAAAACGACUUUUUGGAGGAACGCGGGGCCUGUGU